AUGUUGGCUCGGAACUCUGUGCGUUCUCUCACCAAGCGCUUGCUCUCAUCGGGUGUUUCCUCUACCUCAUCGACACAAAAGGGACUCUUAUCAUCCUACGCAACAUCCGCUCAAAAUGGAAUGGCUGCUUCUUUCCACAAGAUGAUGAUUUUACAACAAAAUCAACAACCAUCAGGUUCCGCCAGCACAACUCCUUCAUCCACUUCAAAAACAUCAUCAUCAACAUUGAAUAAUAAUAAUAGCAGUACUACUGCUGUAAAUUCUACAACAGCCAAUAAACCAAUAAUAACAACUACUCAACAACAGAGUGGUUCAGGAUCAUCAUCAAACAAUAAUAACAAACAACAGACAGAUUCAAAGGGUGGAUCCAUGGCCAAGACUGUUUUAAUCUCAUCUCUUCUGACCGGAGCAUUAGCUGCUGGAGUUGUCUUUUAUAUUAAUAAUUCCUUGAAAGCCAUGGAAAAGGAUCACGCACAACAAGUGAAAAAAGCUGAAAAACUCAAGAGAGAAAUUCAAGCCAACAAGUUGCAACAAGAACAAGCCAAAUCAAAGCUUAGCUCGUUAAGCACUGAGUUGGAAGAGUUGGAAAAACAACACAGUGCCAAAUUAUUAGCCUUGCGAGAUUCUUACAAUACCAAGAUGAAUCAAUUACAGGAACAAUUGAAAGAACUCGUUCAAAAAGUGUCAUCAUUGGAACAAGAAAAGAGAGCACUCUCUGAGAAUUUAGAGAGAAAUAUAAAGCUUCAUCAAGAUUUACUCUCCGAAAAGGAAGCACUUCAAAGCGAAAAGAAUAUUUUGGAACAACAAUUGGACAGUCUCAACUCUCUUCAGGUACGAAGUAGUGGAUCAAUUAUUUCCGAUGUGUUGGGACGUGAGAUUGAUGAUGUGACUGCUCCGCUCUCUGAGGAAGACAGAGACAAAUUCCUCUCAAGAAUUCAUCGUUUGGAAUCUCAAUUAGCAAGAAAGGAAAAAUUGAUUGAGCAAAUCAAGCACGAGUCAGAAGAGAGCAUUCACAGAAUGAAAGCACUCAGUGAAGAAAAAUUGGCCUCUCUCAAGAAAGAAUCUGAGGAGAAUAUUGCAGCAUUGCAAAAUCAAAUGCAGGAACUUGAAAAGAAACACUCGGAAGAAAUUGAAACAGAGAGAAGGAAGAUUUUGGACGAAUUCGAACUCAAAAUGCAACAACAAGCUCAUGACUUGUUAAUUUCUUUCUAUGACAAUGCUCUUCAAAGAUCCAAGCAUGUUCAAGAAUUGACUAAUCAAGUCUAUGCCAUGGAAGAAACCUACAAGGUUGCAUCAACCAAUUUUUCAUCCAAUAUUGAUUUACAAAAGUUUGCUGCUGCUGUAUUGGCUCUCCAGGACAUGCUUCAAACCAAUGCUCCAUUCAAACCUGAACUUGAUACUUUGAGAAAAUUGGCAGAAAAUGACGAGCUUAUUAGAACGGUCGUAGAGACUAUUCCUCGCUCGAUAUCUGAGAAUGGAGUUCAAAAAUUGGACGAUUUAACUGAUCGAUUUAAGGUUGUUAAAAGAAAGGCUAUUGAGGCAUCUCUCACACCACAUGACAGUGGUCUUUUAGGAGUGUUUUAUGCCAAACUCCUUUCUCUGGCUGUUGUUGCCGAGGAAGGAUUUGUGGAUGGAGAGACUGUAAAUGCCAUCAUGGCCAGAACUGAAUUUUAUUUAAAGCAAAGAAGACUUGUGGAUGCUGUUAAUGAAAUUGACAAGACUCACAGUGUGGCCAGUGAUGAAGUCAAACAAAUUCUCAAGGAUUGGAUUUUGGAAGCAAAGAAUAGACUCCUCAUUGAACAAGCUCUCCAAACUUUGCAAUCCCAUCUCGUUGUGCAAUCACACUCACUGGAAAGACGUCAACAAUAA